CCCUCCCCUUACACAGCCACUUCCUCUUUCUGCUGAGGACAGAAGUUGAAUGAAGGACAAGCUCUCAGAAUGUUGCAACCCCGAAGAACUUGAGUACGAGGAAGAGACGGGUGUUUAUUGCGGGAACCGUUCCCUGGUGUGUCCUGGCUCGUAGAACAGCUCCAACAACACGUGCUCGGAUGCCAAGGGUGCCAUGAAGACCAAUCCUCGCUAUAAUCCUGAUGGAAAGAACUUCCCUGUCUGAACAGAGGGUGGUGCUGUGGAAAGAAAAGAAGAAACACCUGUGUUGAUUUCUAUUUGGAAGAUCCUUCCUCCUCCUAAACUCCCAGGGGCAGACAAAGUGAUUCGAUCCUGGAUUGACUGUAGAAGAAGGGACAGAAAGAGCACAGAACAUUCCCCCAGAUGUUUCAACUGUGACUUAUCCCUGGCGCCUUGAUGGGAGCAUCUGAAACACCCUUCACCAUCUGGAUGCACAAGGAAGCAGAGAUGCAAAUUGGUCCCCAGCCGGAUGAAAAGGGCUGGGGGUGGAGGUUGGGAGAUGGGAGUGCUGCCCCUCCCUUCCUCCCCCAAGCCCUGUCUUUCCUCCUCCUCCUGCCACUGGCCAGCGCCCUACAGCCCACUCCACUGACCUUUCCAGAACUGAGGCUGGUGGGGGGCCCCAGCCGCUGCCGGGGGCGCCUGGAGGUCAUGCAUGGUGGCUCCUGGGGCAGCGUCUGUGAUGAUGACUGGGACGUGGUGGAUGCCAACGUAGUGUGUCGCCAGCUGGGCUGUGGCCUGGCGCUGCCUGUGCCACGGCCCCUUGCCUUUGGCCAAGGCCGAGGCCCCAUCCUGCUGGACAACGUGGAGUGCCGCGGGCAGGAAGCUGCGCUGAGUGAGUGCGGCAGCCGUGGCUGGGGCGUCCACAAUUGCUUUCACUACGAGGAUGUGGCUGUCCUGUGUGAUGGUGAGUGGAGCCCUGGGACCUGGGGGGACAGACAGACAGACUGUGGCAGGCAGCAGGGCUGUAGGCUAGAUAAAGUCCUGGGAUACCGGGCCGCCUUUGCGGUUUGGACGGGAGCAGAGGCCAGUGGGACAUGUGCCCUGCCCCCGCCCCUGUCCCCAGGUGAGGGCAGCGUGCGCCUGGUAGGGGGCGCGAACCUGUGUCAGGGCCGAGUGGAGAUCCUGCACGGUGGCCUGUGGGGCACCGUGUGUGACGACGACUGGGGGCUGCCGGAUGCUGCUGUGGUCUGUCGUCAGCUGGGCUGCGGAGCGGCCAUGGCCGCCACCACCAACGCCUUCUUCGGCUAUGGCACGGGGCACAUCCUGCUGGACAACGUGCAUUGCGAAGGCGGCGAGCCCCGCCUGGCAGCCUGCCAGAGCCUGGGCUGGGGCGUGCACAACUGUGGCCACCACGAGGACGCGGGCGCGCUCUGCGCAGUCCUGGGUCCCCCAACGCUCACAGCACUGCCAUCCUCGGCCACAAGAGAGGACUGGGCUUGGCACACAGAUCCAUCCGCUACAGGAGUUGGCCCCCAGCCUUCCCGGGAGACGGCAUUGCUCACCACCGCCGCCUGGGCCGCGGGGAAGAAAAGCGGGCGGCUGCGGCUGGUGGGCGGCCCGGGCCCGUGCCGCGGCCGCGUGGAGGUGCUGCACGCCGGGGGCUGGGGCACCGUGUGCGACGAUGACUGGGACUUUGCGGACGCGCGCGUGGCCUGCCGUGAGGCGGGCUGCGGGCCCGCACUGGGCGCCACGGGCCUGGGCCACUUCGGCUACGGCCGCGGCCCCGUGCUGCUGGACAACGUGGGCUGCGCCGGCACCGAGGCCCGCCUGAGUGACUGCUUCCACCUGGGCUGGGGCCAGCACAACUGCGGCCACCACGAGGACGCGGGCGCGCUCUGCGCAGACCCAGAGGAGCUGGGACUGCAAGUCCAGCAGGACGGUUCUGAGACCACACGGGUGCCCACUCCUCGGCCCAGAGAUGGGCAUCUACGUCUGGUCAACGGAGCCCACCGAUGUGAGGGGCGUGUAGAGCUCUACCUAGGGCAACGGUGGGGCACUGUCUGUGAUGAUGCUUGGGACCUGCGGGCAGCUGGUGUCCUGUGCCGCCAGCUGGGCUGUGGCCAGGCCCUCGCAGCCCCUGGUGAGGCUCACUUUGGCCCAGGCCGAGGCCCCAUUCUCCUGGACAAUGUCAAGUGCCGUGGGGAAGAGAGUGCCCUGCUGCUCUGCUCUCACAUCCGCUGGGAUGCCCACAACUGCGACCACAGUGAGGAUGCCGGUGUCCUGUGCCAGCCUUCAUGACCCAGCCCGCUCUGCACACCACCUCUUCUUCCGGGAGCUGUGAUCUGCCCUCCCUCCUCCAGGAAGCCCUCCUCUUGUGACGACUACAGCUCACUUUGCCCCUUCUUCCCUUGCCUGGGAGAGAGCCUACCCAAGACAGUACAGUCCUGCAUGGGGGAGCCUGGCUGUACCCCCAUCCACUUACUGCGUGACCUCAGCCUGUCAUCGACUAUUGUGAGCCCAGUUCAGUGAAAGCUCCCAUGGUUUUGCUCAGCCAAAACCAAAACGAGGGGAAGAGAAAUGAUUCCUAACUCUUCUCUUUGGUGGGGCUCUUUUUAUAGCGCCAGACCCUGCCUUCCUUGCCCUAGAUCCAGGAGGCUCAGGGGCUCUUUAAAUGGGGUAUCUCCUCUUCCCCCAAUCCAUCUUGGGAUCCCCAAGAAGAGGGAAGGCAGGAGGGGCCUACAUCUCUUACCUUGGGCCCUCAGGGGCUACAGAGGAACCUGGGUCCCUGCCCUGCCCUGCUCCGCGAGGGCCUGGACUCACUCAGAUGGUGCUCAGCUGGACAAGGGGACUGGGGGAGGGGCCAAAGCAGGGACAGUGGCCCCUCCCUGCAGCUGGCAGCAUCUCUGAUUUAUGCCGUCCCCACCACAGAGCCUCCACUUUGCAGGAGCAAAGAACCCUGGGGGCCUGUAGCCACCCGUUCAUAGGUGCCAAGUCAAUAAAGCAUUGUCCCCCGUCUCUUGUAACUGAA